AUGUACAGCAAGAUUGCCUUCAUCGCCGCCCUGGCGCUCGGCGCCAGCGCCCGCGACCUCCGCCGUGAAGCCCCAGCGGGCUACGGUGCUGCCCCCGAGGGCUACGGCGCACCUUCAUACGAGACUGCCUCUGUCAACAGCACCUCGAGCGAGAUCCCAAACUUCACCGCCCCAGUCUCCCCCGAGAGCACCUCGAGCGCACCAGCACCACCAGUCUACGGUGCCUCCACCACCUCGAGCACUCCUGCUGCGCCUUUGACAACCUCGAGCGCCCCAGCGCCUCCCGUUUACGGCGCCUCCAGCAGCAGCUCUAGCAUCGCCAGCAGCUCCAGCGUCGAGACCAGCUCCAGCAGCUCGUCCACGCCAGUUGCUCCAGUCUCUUCCAGCAGCUCGAGCACUUGGGUCUCUUCCAGCUCUUCUUCCUCGCCGGUCGCCCCAUACUCUUCUUCUUCGUCGGCGCCUGUGCCACCAGUCUAUGGCUCUUCUUCCAGCAGCAGCUCUCCCUCUGCUCCUCUUUCGACUGGAGUCAGCUCGAGCUCUAGCUCCCCAUCUGCUCCCCUUUCCACCGGAGUCAGCAGCUCUAGCAGCUCGCCAUCGGCUCCUCUUUCGACCGGCCUGACCACCAGCUCCUCCGUGUCUGUCCCAUUGAGCACUGGCUACAGCAGCUCCAGCAGCUCGCAGACCCUUACCACUGCCACCAUUUCCGAGACCAAGGUCAUCACCAUUACCAGCUGCGCCCCAACGGUCACCAACUGCCCAGCGAAGAGCGCCACUGAGGUCUACACCACCAGCACCGUGAACGUGUACACCACUACCUGCCCAGUUGAGAGCGCUUCCUCGCUCUCUGCUUCGGCCUCUUACUCCAAGCCUGCCGAGUCCAGCUCCAGCUCUCCAGUUGCCCCAGUCAGCUCUGCCAGCUCGACCCCAGUUGUUCCUGUCUACGGCUCGUCCAGCAAGCCAUCCUACCCAAUUGGCACCGGCUCCUCCAGCACCCCAGUCUCGCCAAUCACCACUGGUGGCUCUGGUUCGCCCCCAGGAUACUCCCCAAGCCAGGGAGUCGCUACCUCUACCGUUGUGACCAACAAGACCCUGACCUACACUCUCGGCCACGGAUCUUCGACCACUGUUGUCACGACCACCGUCCAGUCCACCUCUACUCAGUACCUUACCUCUACUCUCUACCUGACCAAGCCAACCAGCGGCGCUGAGUCCGCAACUGGCUCUGCCCCAGGCUACGGCGGCGAGACCACCACUGGCUACACCACUGUCCAGUCCACCUCCACCCUUACCAACUACAUCACUGUCUACCCCGUCAAGAGCACUGGUGGCUCCCCAGGUGGCUACGGCUCUGGAUCGACCCCAGUGACCAACGCCGGCUACAGCACCGCAACUGGCUCUGCAUCUGCCCCUGGAUACGGCUCCCCAUCUGGCUCUGCCAGCGGCGAGGUGUGCGUUCCAAGCACCACCACUGUUACUGAGAAGGAGACCAUCUACGUUACUGUCCCAGCUAGCAGCUCCUCCAAGACCGUUGGCCCAAUCCAGUCCAGCUCCCCAGCUUGGUACCCAACCAGCGCUGCCUACCCAUCGUCCUCCGGCGUUGCAGGCGGCAGCUCUGGCUUCGUUACCUCGUACGCCAAGCCAACCACCUCCAGCAGCCCAGUUGCUCCUGGCUACCCAAGCCAGAGCUCCUCUGCAUCUAAGCCAAUCUACCCAACUGGCAGCAGCGCCCCAGCCUACUCUUCAAGCAGCUCGUCCACUGCCCCAGUGAGCCCAGAGACCAUCUCCAGCGCCAGCAGCUCUGCCACCAAGCCAGCUGUCUACACUCCUCCAUCGUACGCCACCUCGUCGACUCCUGCUGCCCCAGAGACCACCUCUAGCGCAAGCAGCUCGACCCGAGCGUCGCCAGUCAGCUCCAGCUCUACUUCCAGCGCACCAGGUGUCUACACUCCCCCAUCUUACGGCCAGAGCUCUUCGUCGACCCCUGCGAGCCCAGUCUCCAGCUCGACCUCCAGCGCGCCUGAGGCACCAGCGUACACCUACGCUCCAUCCUCCAGUUCCUCCAGCCCGGCUGCCCCAGUCAGCACGGCCACUGUUACUCCUGUCCCAUCGCAGCCCGCCGGCUAUGGGCAGCAGCCAGCUGGUUACUAG